CUGGGGGUGCUUUCCCGGAUACGGGUCCCUGCUGCAAGCCCUUGGGAAUGAACGUGGGGGGCCCUGUCGAACGCCACGUCUCUCUUCUCGGUCCCUUCCCUGACGCCGGGCACUGAGCGGCUAGGGCCUCUUAGGCCCCCCAACACCGCUGCGGGUUGACAAAGUCGCCUCGAGAGGCUGCUCCUGUAAUGGCGCCUGCGUCACUCACUAACAUGGCGGACAGGGCCGUGCGCGGCGCAAACGUCAGCAGCUCUCCCCCGGCGGCUCGGAAACAGCGGAGGAGAGCCGGGCCGUGCGCUCUGAUUGGCCCUGAGGCGGAGCGUGCGGCGCCCAACGUUCCCACAUCAGCCAAUCAGAAGGGCGGCACACGGAAUUGGCCGCUGCGCCCCCUCCCGAGGCAUUCUGGGAGCCUGGAGGACUAGCGAGGAGGAGUUGAGAGAACGGAGCGGACGCCAUGGCGACCAACAUCGAGCAGAUUUUUAGGUCUUUCGUGGUCAGUAAAUUCCGGGAAAUUCAACAAGAGCUUUCCAGUGGAAGGAGUGAAGGCCAGCUCAAUGGUGAAACAAAUACACCUAUCGAAGGAAACCAGGCAGGUGAGGAUGCAGCUGCCUCCGCCAGGAGCCUACCAAAUGAAGAAAUAGUUCAGAAGAUAGAGGAAGUACUUUCUGGGGUCCUAGAUACAGAACUACGCUGUAAGCCAGACUUGAAAGAGGCCUCCAGAAAAAGUAGAUGUGUCUCUGUACAAACAGACCCUACUGAUGAAGUUCCCACUAAAAAGUCAAAGAAGCAUAAAAAGCACAAAAAUAAAAAGAAGAAAAAGAAGAAAGAAAAGGAAAAAAAGUAUAAAAGGCAGCCAGAAGAAUCUGAAUCAAAGGCAAAAUCACAUCAUGAAGAGAACAUGGAUUUAGAAUCAGAUUCCUUUUUGCAGUUUGAUUCUGAGCCUUCAGCAAUGGCACUGGAGCAUCCGGUAAGAGCGUUUGGGCUCUCUGAGACCAGUGAAACUCCUGCAGUUGUGCUAGAACCUCCUGUAGUCUCAAUGGAGGUGUCACAGUCCCACACCUUAGAAACUCUGAAGCCAGCUACAAAAACUGCAGAACUGUCACUUGCAUCUACAUCAGUAAUCUCUGUGCAAUCAGAACAGUCUGUGGCAGUAACGCUGGAACCACCCAUGACAAAGAUUCUGGAUUCUUUUUCAACAGCACCGGUGUCUACUACAACAGUAGUGCUAAAGUCAUCUGAGCCAGUUGUAACAAUGUCAAUGGAGUAUCAGAUGAAGUCUGUGCUGAAAUCUUUGGAGUGCACAUCUCCAGAGCCAUCAAAGACCAUAUUGGAGCCUCCAGUAGCAAAAGUGCUAGAGCCAUCAGAAACCCUUAUGGUAUCAUCACAGACACCUGUUGAGGCACACCCUGAACCAAGCACAUCAACAAUGGAUAUUGCAGAGUCUUCUGAAACUGAAGACCUAAGAUUGCCAGAGCAGCCUGUAGAAGUACCAUCGGAGACUGCAGAUUCAUCCAUGACAAGAUCACAGGAGCUGCUGGAGCUACCCAAGCCCACAGCAUUGGAGCUGCCGGAGUCGUCGGUGGCCUCAGCGAUGCAGUUGCCGGGGCCACCUGCGACUUCCAUGCCGGAGCUGCAGGGGCCCCCUGUGACUCCAGGGCUGGAGUUACCUGGGCCCUCUGCUACCCCGGUGCCAGAGUUGCCAGGGCCCCCUUCUACCCCAGUGCCUGAGUUGCUAGGGCCCCCUGCGACAGCGGUGUCUGAGUUGCCGGGGCCCUCAGUGAUAUCAGUGCCUCAGUUGUCGCAGGAAUUGCCAGGGCUUCCAGCACCAUCCAUGGGGUUGGAGCCAGCACAGGAGGUACCAGAGCCACCUGUGACGGCACAGGAGUUGCCAGGGCAGCCUGCGGUAACAGUAGCAAUGGAGUUGACGGAGCAACCGGCGACGACGACAGAGUUGGAGCAGCCUGUGGGGAUGACAGCGAUGGAACAUCCUGGGCAGCCUGAGGUGACAACAGCAACGACGUUGCUGGGGCAGCCUGAGGCAGCGAUGGUGCUGGAGUUGCCAGGGCAACCAGUGGCAACGACAGCGCUGGAGUUGCCAGGGCAGCCUUCGGUGACUGGGGUGCCAGAGUUGCCAGGGCUGCCUUCGGCAACUAGGGCACUGGAGUUGUCUGGGCAGCCUGUGGCAACUGGGGCACUGGAGUUGCCUGGGCAGCUCAUGGCAACUGGGGCACUGGAGUUCGCGGGGCAGUCUGGGGCAGCUGGAGCACUAGAGCUUUUGGGGCAGCCUCUGGCAACAGGGGUUCUGGAGUUGCCAGGGCAGCCUGGGGCGCCAGAGUUGCCUGGGCAGCCUGCGGCAACUGUGGCGCUGGAGAUCUCUGUUCAGUCUGUGGUGACAACGGAGCUGUCAACGAUGACCGUGUCGCAGUCCCUGGAGGUGCCCUCGACGACAGCGCUGGAAUCCUAUAAUACGGUAGCACAGGAGCUGCCUACUACAUUAGUGGGGGAGACUUCUAUAACAGUAGGAGUGGAUCCCUUGAUGGCCCAAGAAUCCCAUAUGUUAGCUUCUAACACCAUGGAGACCCAUAUGUUAGCGUCCAACACCAUGGACUCCCAAAUGCUAGCGUCCAACACCAUGGACUCCCAGAUGCUAGCAUCUAACACCAUGGACUCCCAGAUGCUAGCGUCCAGCUCCAUGGACUCCCAGAUGCUAGCGUCCAGCUCCAUGGACUCCCAGAUGCUAGCGUCCAGCUCCAUGGACUCCCAGAUGCUAGCGUCCAGCUCCAUGGACUCCCAGAUGCUAGCGUCCAGCUCCAUGGACUCCCAGAUGCUAGCAACCAGCUCCAUGGACUCCCAGAUGCUAGCGUCCAGUUCCAUGGACUCCCAGAUGUUAGCAACCAGCUCCAUGGACUCCCAGAUGUUAGCAACUAGCUCUAUGGACUCCCAGAUGUUAGCAACCAGCACCAUGGACUCCCAGAUGUUAGCAACUAGCUCUAUGGAUUCUCAGAUGUUAGCAUCUGGCACUAUGGACUCUCAAAUGUUAGCUUCCGGCACCAUGGAUGCUCAGAUGUUAGCGUCUGGUACCAUGGAUGCCCAGAUGUUAGCAUCUAGUACCCAAGAUUCUUCUAUGCUGGGUUCAAAAUCUCCUGAUCCCUACAGGUUAGCUCAGGAUCCUUACAGGUUAGCUCAGGAUCCCUAUAGGUUAGGUCAUGACCCUUAUAGGCUAGGUCAUGAUGCCUAUAGAUUAGGGCAAGACCCUUAUAGAUUAGGCCAUGAUCCUUACAGACUUACUCCUGAUCCCUAUAGGAUGUCACCUAGACCUUACAGGAUAGCACCCAGGUCCUAUAGGGCCGUUCCUAGACCAUAUAGGUUAGCACCCAGACCCCUGAUGUUGGCAUCUAGACGUUCUAUGAUGAUGUCCUAUGCUGCAGAACGUUCCAUGAUGUCAUCUUAUGAACGCUCUAUGAUGUCUUAUGAGCGGUCUAUGAUGUCCCCUAUGGCUGAGCGCUCCAUGAUGUCAGCCUAUGAGCGCUCUAUGAUGUCAGCCUAUGAGCGCUCUAUGAUGUCCCCUAUGGCCGAGCGCUCCAUGAUGUCAGCUUAUGAGCGCUCUAUGAUGUCAGCUUAUGAGCGCUCUAUGAUGACGGACCGAUCAAUGAUGGCUGACAGGUCUAUGAUGUCAUCUUACUCUGCUGCCGACCGGUCUAUGAUGUCAUCGUAUUCUGCAGCUGACCGAACUAUGAUGUCAUCUUAUACUGCUGAUCGUUCAAUGAUGUCUAUGGCAGCUGAUUCUUACACUGAUUCUUAUACUGAUACAUAUACAGAGGCAUAUAUGGUGCCACCCUUGCCUCCUGAAGAGCCUCCAACAAUGCCACCUUUGCCACCUGAAGAGCCACCAAUGACACCACCAUUGCCUCCUGAGGAGCCACCGGAAGGCACAGCAUUACCCACUGAGCAGUCGGCAUUAACAGCUGAAAAUACUUGGCCUACUGAGAUGCCACCAUUACCUCCUGAAGAGUCUGUAUCCCUGCCUGAACCUCCUGCGGGUCAAAGUGAGAUUUCAGAGCCUUCGGUGGUGCCUGCUAAUUAUUCAGUGUCAGCGUCAGAGCCUUCAAUGUUUGUGUCAGAGGCUGCCAUGACUGUUCCAGAGCCACCACUGGAGCCAGAGUCUGCGGUUACAUCAGCACCUAUAGAGUCUGCUGCAGAAGCAGAGGAGCAUGAAGUUCCAGAGAGACCAGGGACUUACAUGGUACCUGAAACUACCAUGAUGUCAGCUGAACCAACUAUGUCAACAUCAGAGCCUUCUAUUAUGUCAGAGACAGCAGAAACCUUUGAUUCCAUGAGAGCUCCAGGACAUGUUGCCUCAGAGGUAUCUGUGUCCCUCCUGGAGCCUGCAGUAACUAUUCCAGAGCCAUCACAGAGCGCUCUAGAGCUGUCAGCCAUGGCCAUCUCAGAGCUACCCUCCGUGGCUGCCCCAGAGCCCCCAGCCGAGGCUGCCCCAGAGCCCCCAGCCGAAGCUGUCCCGGAGCCCUCAGCCGAGGCUGUCCCGGAGCCCUCAGCUGAGGUCCCAGAGCCCCUGGCUGUGACUGUCCCUGAGCCACUGGCCAAGGCUGUACUGGAGCCAUCACCUGAGGCUGUCCCAGAGCCCAUGGCCUUGGUUGAGCCAGAGCAUGUUACCAUUCCUGUGCCAGUUGUUUCUGCCCCGGAGCCUGCUGUACCUGUCCUGGAAGCAGCAGUAUCAGUUCAGCCUAACAUUAUUUCAGAACCACCUGUUGUCCAAGAAUCUACAGUGACAGUUGCAGAGCCUGCUGUGACUGUCUCAGAGCAGACUCAAAUAACACCGACUGAGAUGGCUUUAGAGUCUGCCUCUGUGAUGCUGAGGUCUGGUGUUAUAACAGGAAUGAAUUUAAUAUCUACUUAUCAAGAUCUUACUCCAGAGAUCGGUAUGCAGGAGGUUCCCAUGCACUCAGAUGAAGAGCCACAUGAUGAAGAGCACCUGAAGAAGGACUCUUAUGAAAGUGAACAUGGUAUAAAUAGAGACCUUGAUAUAAAUAAUCACUUAAUUGCUAAAGACAUGGAACAUAGCACAAUGUCCACUGCCAGCACUGGUGCUAUUGGUGAAAUUGGUGAAGAGAAAAGUUUGGCCAUCAGUGAGACUAAACAAUGCACAGUAUUGGAUACCUGCCCUAGUGUUAGUGCAGCUGAUGCAGGAGGAACGCUAUCUUCUGCUGGUCCUCUUGCUGUCGAACCUGAUACACUGGGAACUAGUAAGGGUAUUGAAUUUGCCACAGUAUCUGCUCUCAGUUCAGUUAGUAAAUAUGAUGUUGAAGUAUCUUUAACUACUCAAGAUACUGAACAUGACAUGGUAAUUUCCACUAGCCCCAGUGGUGGUAGUGAGGCUGACAUAGAGGGACCUUUGCCUGCUAAAGACAUUCAUCUUGACUUGCCAUCUAAUAACUUUAUUAGCAAUGAUACAGAAGGACCAUUACCUAUAAAGGAGAGUGACCAGACAUUAGCAGUUGCUCUCAGCCCUAAAGAAAGUAGUGAAGAUAAAGAGGUACCACUCCCUGCUAAGGAGACAGUGUCUGAAUCUGCAUUUCCUGCCAAUAUUGAAGAUAUUAAUGAAGCAGAUUUAGUGAGACCAUUACUUCCUAAGGACAUGGAACGUCUUACAAGCCUCAGAGCUGGUAUUGAAGGACCUUUACUUGCAAGUGAAGUUGAACGUGACAAAUCUGCUGCCAGUCCAGUUGUAAUGAGUAUACCAGAAAGAGCUUCAGAGUCAUCUUCAGAGGAAAAAGAUGAUUAUGAAAUUUUUGUGAAAGUUAAGGACACUCAUGAAAAAAGCAAGAAAAAUAAGAACCGUGAUAAAGGUGAGAAAGAAAAGAAAAGAGACUCUUCAUUAAGAUCUCGAAGUAAGCGGUCCAAGUCUUCAGAACACAAAUCACGCAAACGUACCAGUGAAUCUCGUUCUAGGGCAAGGAAGAGAUCAUCUAAGUCCAAGUCUCGUCGCUCUCAAACACGUUCAAGGUCACGUUCAAGACGCAGGAGGAGGAGCAGCAGGUCAAGAUCAAAGUCUAGAGGAAGGCGAUCUGUAUCAAAAGAGAAGCGCAAAAGGUCUCCAAAGCACAGAUCCAAGUCCAGGGAAAGAAAAAGGAAAAGAUCAAGCUCCAGGGAUAAUCGGAAAACUGUGAGAGCUCGGAGUCGUACCCCAAGUCGGCGGAGUCGGAGUCACACUCCGAGUCGACGACGAAGAUCUAGAUCUGUGGGGAGAAGGAGCUUUAGCAUUUCCCCGAGCCGACGGAGCCGCACCCCGAGCCGAAGGAGCCGCACCCCGAGCCGAAGGAGCCGUACCCCGAGCCGAAGGAGCCGCACCCCAAGCCGACGGAGCCGCACCCCAAGCCGACGGAGCCGCACCCCUAGCCGACGGAGCCGCACUCCUAGCCGACGGAGAAGAUCAAGGUCGGUGGUAAGAAGACGAAGCUUCAGUAUCUCACCAGUCAGGUUAAGGCGAUCACGGACACCCUUACGAAGAAGGUUUAGCAGGUCUCCCCUCCGCCGGAAACGGUCCCGAUCUUCAGAAAGAGGCCGAUCGCCUAAACGCCUGACAGAUCUGAAUAAGGCUCAAUUACUUGAAAUAGCCAAAGCUAAUGCAGCUGCCAUGUGUGCUAAGGCUGGUGUUCCUUUACCGCCAAACCUAAAGCCUGCACCUCCACCUACCAUAGAAGAGAAAGUUGCUAAAAAGUCAGGAGGAGCUACUAUAGAAGAACUAACGGAGAAAUGCAAACAGAUUGCACAGAGUAAAGAAGAUGAUGAUGUAAUAGUGAAUAAGCCUCAUGUUUCGGAUGAAGAGGAAGAAGAACCUCCUUUUUAUCAUCAUCCCUUUAAACUCAGUGAACCCAAACCCAUAUUUUUCAACCUGAAUAUUGCUGCAGCAAAGCCCACGCCUCCAAAAAGCCAGGUCACGUUAACAAAAGAGUUUCCUGUGUCAUCUGGAUCUCAGCACCGAAAAAAGGAAGCAGACAGUGUUUACGGAGAGUGGGUUCCUGUGGAUAAAAAUGGUGAAGAAAACAAAGAUGAUGAUAAUGUUUUCAGCAGCAAUCUGCCCUCUGAGCCUGUGGACAUCUCUACAGCAAUGAGUGAGCGGGCACUUGCUCAGAAAAGACUCAGUGAGAAUGCAUUUGACCUUGAAGCCAUGAGCAUGUUAAAUCGAGCUCAGGAACGGAUCGAUGCCUGGGCUCAGCUGAACUCUAUUCCUGGCCAGUUCACAGGAAGUACGGGAGUACAGGUCCUGACACAAGAACAGUUGGCCAAUACUGGUGCCCAAGCCUGGAUUAAAAAGGAUCAGUUCUUAAGAGCAGCCCCAGUAACUGGAGGAAUGGGAGCCGUUUUGAUGAGAAAAAUGGGUUGGAGAGAAGGAGAAGGAUUAGGAAAAAACAAAGAAGGAAAUAAGGAGCCUAUCCUCGUUGAUUUUAAGACUGACAGAAAAGGUCUUGUGGCUGUAGGAGAAAGAGCACAGAAGAGGUCUGGGAACUUCUCUGCUGCAAUGAAAGAUCUGUCAGGCAAACAUCCUGUGUCUGCCUUGAUGGAAAUCUGUAAUAAGAGAAGGUGGCAACCACCUGAAUUUCUCUUGAUCCAUGAUAGUGGCCCUGAUCAUCGCAAGCAUUUUCUCUUUAGGGUAUUGAUAAAUGGAAGCGCUUACCAGCCCAGCUUUGCCAGCCCUAAUAAGAAGCAUGCUAAAGCCACAGCAGCUACUGUGGUUCUUCAAGCAAUGGGCCUUUUACCAAAGGACCUCAUGGCUAAUGCCACUUGCUUCAGGAGUGCCUCACGUAGAUAGAUUGAGGUUUUAUAUUAAUCAUUUCAGAUAAUUUUACUCUGCAUCAAAAUGUAUUUCCUCUUUAAUGUUGUAAAUAUUUGGCAAUUUAAAACAUUGUGUAAAAAGCAAUCUGUACAAACAUCUCCCGGCUUUGAUUUUUGUACCAUGGAAAUUGUAUUUAACCAUACAGGGUUUGGUAUGUUUAUAUUGUUUACCUUAGUGAUGUAUUUGUUUAAGUGGCUAACAUCCAAACGAUUGUUUGAAGGCAUCCGUAAUCUUCAGUGUGGAAUGUUAAAUUACGCUUUUAUACUGUAUUUUGUACUAUGAUGUAACUCCUCUUCCUUAUGGCUAGGCUGCUGUAACACUUGCCUGUAAUCAGUGAAGGGCUGUGCACCUUGUACUAGUUCACAAUGGGUUCUGCUGGACAGAUACUGGGGCCAGUGUUAUUGAGGUAAUCAAGCAAGAUCUGUUCCACAGGGCUGAAGCCACCAUCUCCCCUUACAAUUUUGUAGAAGUUAUAAAAAGAAGUGGUAUGUUGUGUGAUGAUCAGCACUAAGUUCUAUGUUCCCGUCAAAGCCACUUGGGCCAUGAGAAGGGAGUGAAAAUGAAGUCCGACUAGAAUUCUACUGCAGAGGCCAAGUACACUUAGUAUGGCAUUGAGUUGUGAUAUAGUUUUACUUUGAUGUGCAUUUUGAAUUUCAGCUACACCUAGAUAGACGUAAAAUGAUAAAUAAAAUGCUGUAACCAACUUAUCCAAUAAAAUUGGCACCCAGCCACUAUUUUGUUGA